AUGUUAGGAAAGAAGCGUAAUAGACAAACUAUGUUGAUCAAUAUUGACGAGGUCAAGCAAGCUGGACCUAUGAAAUCUUUGACCCCAAAGAGACAGGUGACGGCCAUCCGAAAUGUAAAAGAAAUUCGAGCUGUUCCUUCUUCUGGUGGAGAAAAGCAUGACAUUUCUUUCGGCAAGGAUCAGAAACAGGCCGAUUUUUCAUCAAAUGAGGUUGGUACUAGUCUGGAGUCUUCUCAACCCAAACCUGAAAGCUAUGGUGAUGUAAAUUCAUCAGAAGUAGCUAAGUCUAGGAAGCUUAAUGGCGAUGCAGAUUCAUCAUUAGAGGUACAACUAUUUCCAUUUCCAAGACAGAGUUCACGGAAGCAACCAACUGAUACGAGACAGCAGAAGAACAUGUACAUGUCUAAUCGGAAACCACCUUCAAUCAGCCAAAAUCUCAUGGAUUUAAAACCUGGGAGCAAAAAGAAUGUUCCUGUGAAGAAGCCAGCUCUAACGGGUUCUUCAUAUCAGGACUCCUCAGUAGAACGUCUUAUUCGGGAGGUGACAAAUGAAAAGUUUUGGCACCAUCCAGAGGAUUCUGAGCUUCAGUGUGUUCCGGGCCGGUUUGAAUCAGUUGACGAAUAUGUCAGAGUGUUUGAACCUUUGCUUUUUGAGGAGUGUCGAGCUCAACUUUAUAGCACAUGGGAGGAGUCUUCUGAAACGAAUUCACACAUUAUGGUCCGGGUUAAAACUGUGGAAAGGCGAGAAAGAGGAUGGUACGAUGUGAUUGUCCUCCCAGUGAAUGAUUGCAGAUGGACAUUUAAGGAGGGUGAUGUUGGUGUUCUUUCAAAUCCAAGGCCAGGGACAGUCAGAUCGAAGAGGAACAUUGGCUCAUCCAGUGAAGAUGUUGAUGAACUUGAGAUGAAUGGACGUGUGGCUGGCACUGUUAGACGACAUAUUCCUUUGGACAAUCGUGAUCCUGCUGGUGCAGUCCUUCAUUUCUAUGUGGGGGGUUCAUAUGACACAUACAGCGGCAAGGCUGAUGAUGAUCAUAUCCUCAAGAAGCUUCAACUGAGGAGCAUAUGGUAUCUGACUGCGCUUGGUUCUCUUGCAACCACUCAGCGAGAAUACGUUGCCUUGCACGCGUUUUGCCGUCUCAACUCACAGAUGCAAAACGCGAUUUUAAAGCCCAGUCCUGAGCAUUUCCCAAAAUAUGAGCACCAGACACCAGUCAUGCCCGAGUGCUUCACUCCUAAUUUUGUUGACUAUCUGCAUAGAACCUUCAACGGGCCCCAGCUGGGAGCAAUCCAAUGGGCUGCGACGCACACAGCUGCUGGCACAAGUAGUGGUACAACAAAGAGACAAGAUCCAUGGCCUUUUACUCUUGUUCAGGGGCCUCCUGGAACAGUUUUUGCAGCUGCUGAUGGUCGUUCCCAAGGAUCUGUUGGUGUUGACCCUGAUAUUCUCAUGGCACGUGACCAGAACCGAGAUGCAUUGCUGCAAAACCUAGCAGCAGCUGUUGAGAACAGGGACAAAGUCCUAGUUGAGAUCUCUCGCCUUCUUAUUCUGGAAGGUAGGUUCCGAAACAGUGGCAACUUCAAUCUUGAAGAAGCCCGUGCUAGUCUUGAGGCAAGUUUUGCCAAUGAAGCUGAGAUUGUUUUCACAACAGUCUCUAGUAGCGGUCGAAAGCUGUUCUCUCGCCUUACUCAUGGUUUCGAUAUGGUGGUUAUUGACGAGGCAGCCCAAGCUAGUGAGGUUGGUGUGCUUCCUCCGCUUGCUCUUGGUGCUGCUCGUUGUGUCCUUGUUGGUGACCCCAGCAACUUCCUGCAACUGUCAUUAGCAAGGCUGCUGGAACAUUGUUAUACAGUAGAAGUCUGUUUGAAAGGUUUCAGCAAGCAGGGUGCCCCAACUAUGUUGCUCUCUGUGCAAUAUCGAAUGCAUCCUCAAAUCCGUGAUUUCCUUCAAGGUACUUUUAAUCAAGGACGCCUUAGUGACAGUGAAAGUGUUAUUAAGCUACCUGAUGAGGUGUAUUACAAGGACCCUUUGCUUAGGCCUUAUCUGUUCUAUGAUGUUACUCAUGGACGAGAAUCUCACAGAGGCGGAUCUGUUUCUUAUCAGAAUAUACACGAAGCACAAUUUUGUGUUCAGUUGUAUGAACAUCUCAUGAAAACUUCAAGGUCAUUGGGAAUUGGGAGAAUCACAGUUGGCAUCAUCACUCCAUACAAGCUGCAACUGAAAUGCCUUCAGCAUGAGUUUUCCGAGAUUCUGAAGUCAGAGGAGGGGAAGGAUAUUUAUAUUAACACUGUAGAUGCUUUUCAAGGACAGGAGCGUGAUGUCAUAAUCAUGUCCUGUGUGCGUGCCUCCAGUCACGGUGUUGGCUUUGUUGCUGAUAUCCGACGGAUGAACGUUGCCCUUACACGUGCAAGAAGGGCUUUAUGGGUGAUGGGGAAUGCAAGUUCUCUGAUGCAGUCUGAUGAUUGGGCGGCACUGAUAACUGAUGCCAAAGCGAGGAGUUGUUUUAUGGAAAUGGAUUCUCUGCCCAAAGAUUUUCUUGGUUCCAAGGGAAUGAUGCCAGGCAACAAAGGCCCAUCAUUGAACGCAAGGAGUUUGAGAUCUGGUGGUGGUCCACGAUACAACAGAUCUUUUGAUGUUCAUAUGGAGUCCAGGUUAGGAACACCAUCUGAAGAUGCCGAGAACAACUCAAGUAUAAUCUCCAGAAAUGGGAAUUACCGGCCUUUUAAUAACCCCCCAAUGGAGAAUAAUCCUCUGGAGAAUUAUGGUCAACAAUCAGGUGAAAGGUCGAGGGAGUCCUUGCAGUAUGGUGGUAAAAGGCUUUUUGGAAAAAGAGACUCGUAAUUUAAACAGCACAAUUUGUCAUCUCUUCAGUUCAACCUUGGACUGUUUGCACUCCAUGCAGCCAGCAAUAUCUGAGGCCCCAAGGACAAGGCGGCUGGUUCUUUCUCGUGGCAUUAUUAAUCUGUAGAGCAAGAGCCUUGGCGGGGAUUUGGAUACAACUUUACACAAUGGAUAAUGCAAGGAGCUAGCAUGCAACAUUUUCUGCUGCCAGUUUGACUGCGUUUCACUCUCCAUGUGCUGGCGCAUUACUUCGGGGUAGUCCUCCAGACGUCCCUCUAAUUAAUCCUACUUAAUAGUAGUAGGGAAGGUGGAGAUCUAUCAUAUGCAGUGGCAUGUGAGUUGGAGGAGGCAGCAAUUGGAACACAACCCCUAGGCGACGUUUUGUGCUUGGUGAUGUGCUGAUCGAUUGUGGGAGGCAGGGGGGCCUGCUAUUGUGUUUAUUUUUUUGUUUUUGUUUUAGCCUCUGUAGCUCUCUUGUCCUGAAGGUGCUGCCACCUUGCCAGCAUGAAAUGUUUAAAAGACGGCCUACAAUUUCUGUGCUGAGAAUGAGAGAGACAUAUCAGUACAUAGGCUGACAUCUGAAAGCUUGAAGGGUUAAGCUAAGAUCUUUCUUUCUUCCUUACCAUCACUGGCUUUGUUCAGUGGAGAGGAAAGGAGGGAGAAAAAAAUUGUAUGGGACUUGGAAAGUUGUGUAUAGAGAAGCAGAGAGGGGAAGUACAGAAAUGGUGUAAACAGCAUCUCACUGAAACUGAAGGCUCGAUGCAUUUUGUUAGUUCAACCUACUUGUAUAUACUUUCAGGGUGCAAUUUGACGAUUCUUUCUUUUUGUCACGUGGCAUUUAUCUUUUGAAUUACAUAGUGCAAAAAUGGUUCUUAGUAGUGGUG